GUGAGAGUCACUGUGAAGUAAACAUUGGUGAUGGCGACAGCUCACAGCGGCGUAAAGCCGCUUCAAUAUGCCAUGAAAAUGGCCAAAUCUGCUAUUCAACUGGACGCGGGAAACAAACACCAGGAAGCCUACUGCGAAUAUCUUAGGAUUAUUCACUUUCUGUCUUAUGCACUGCUAGAGGAAGCCACAUCCCAAAGGGAUGAUGAUCAGAAGCAGGAAGUGGAGCGGAUGUUGAGGCUGGCUGAGCAGUGUCUAGAGAGAGCCAAGUCCUUUAUAGAGAAGAGCACAGCCCUCCCUGCCCAAACCCCCACCCACUCUGUUUCCUCUGUGGAUCAGUCAGAAAGCACACAGCCUUCCAUAACUCCUCUGACCAGUGCUGCUAACACAGUGUCUCCCUCCGAUACUUCUGCUGACAAAAGGCCCAAGUCCAGUAGCCCAACAAAGACACAUCGAAGGGUCUUGUCUGAUGGUGGGGGACUGCCCUCAUCCUUCAUGCCACCAGAGGUUUUCCAAAAACUGCAGACAAUGGAGUUAGAGGAUUCAAGCAAAAAGGAGCUGACACCCAUUGAAGAGGCAUCCCGUUUAAACCAGAAGCUAAAGGCUAAUUAUGAGGCCCGCCUGGCUCGACUCCCUCCUGGUCAGGCAUAUCAGAAGACUUCUUUGACGCUGUCUCUCCAAAGGCAGAUGAUGGAGAACCUCAUCAUUGCUAGAGCCAGACAGGACGCUCUUCAAAGAAAAAUGGAACAAAGGAGGCUACGGCUACAGGAAGAAGCCAACAGGAGAUUUGCAGCAUCUGGGGCCAUGACUGCAGAGGAACAGGAGCAGAGGAUUCUUUACACCAAUGUGCUGGAAUAUGAACAAGACCAUGAUUGGCCAAAACUGUUGAAAACCAAGAUUAAAAUGAAUCCUGACAAUAUUAAUGUAGUGAGUGAGCUAGUCUCCUACCUCCUCAGUCAGGCAGACCACCCUGUUGUAAAGCUGCUGAGGAAAUAUCAGUAUCGCAUCUACAAUAGUCUCUACCCUAUUGUCAGUAAAGGUCUGCUCCAGAGUCCUGGUGUGGAGCUCAGACCAUCACUCAGCUCCCAAAACCUCCUACAGCCAGAUACCCUGAGGAGGCCAGAGAGGAGAGUGAGCAGCAGCGUUUGUAGCCACAGUUUUAGCACCGAGACUUCACUGUCGCCUUCACAGUGUCAGGAACAACACCUCUCCUCGGACCAUGAGGAGGGCGAGACCACAGUAGACCGGGAGAACUCCUUUGAGGAUCUGGAGCAGUUCCUCUCCCAGAUAGACUGGGUGCCUCCUCAAGACGGUACAGAUCAAUGCAGUUUAAACCCAGAACUCCAGUCUGUUCAGUUAGACCCCAGUGAUGUACCCAUCCAGGAGAUGGAGAUGAGGGCUAUCAAAGAUCACCUCAAAGCCAUUGUUAAAGAUAUCCACAUAGCUAUUGAGCAGCUCCUGUCCUUGUGUCUGCUCUCCUUUGAGUGUUUAAACACAGCCACCUCCAAGGACCUCUGUCUGGCCAGCAUCGAGGAGGCCUUCUUCACUCCACUGUGGAGUGCCCUGAUGGCACUCUUCAGGAAGGUGAAUAGGGAGAGAGAGUUGGCGUUUGAAGCCAGUGUGAGGCUGUAUGGAGAUUCUUCACCUGGAGAUGUUGGGGUCCCAAUCAAACUAUUCCCUCCUAAUGUGAGCACCCUGCAAGACUCCUACCCAUAUGAGUCUGCAGUGCUGGAGCUCAGACUGCUCAUUAAAGACUGCUGCCCUCAGAGGAAACUCGACUGUAUUGUGAGAACAUUACGGGUCAUUUGUGCCUGUGCAGAAGAUUAUAGAUGUCUACAUGAAACUGAUUCAACUCCCAAAACUGCAGCCAUUGGUGCAGAUGACUUGUUGCCAAUCCUUUCUUAUGUGGCUCUGCGCUCCCAGUGUCCUCAGCUGGUUUCUGAAUGUGCUGCUCUUGAAGAGUUCAUUCAUGAAGGAUACCUGAUAGGAGAGGAGGGCUACUGUCUAACGUCCAUGCAGAGUGCCCUGUCUUAUGUGGAGUCACUACAUGCCGGAACACUCUAGCAGCCACCUCACUUAAACAGGCUGGUAGACUGAAGAAGCCCUCUGUAGAUGGCAAGGGGAGCCUACGUGAUGUGACGACACAAAAGCCUGAAUGUCUUCAGCACCAAACCUUAAGGAUGAGUUGCUGAAGAGUUGGUUUCAUUCAUUCAUUCAUUCAUUUCAUUUGCUUUUGUUCAUAAUUGUGUUACUUUGUUUUGCAACGGGACUAUUGUAGUAUGUGAAGACAUUUCUAGGUGGACAUGUAGGACACUAUGCACCAGGUGACCUUUGGUUUGAAACUCCACUCUCAACACACAGCAUGUUGUUAACUGAUGCUUUAGCACUUGUUUUUUGGACUUGUUAAGCAUUGAGCAAUGGGAUAUUUGUGUGUAGCUGUGUUGUAUACUGUUGCACGUUAUUUUACACUUUUAAUUUGUUUUGAAUCAUAUACAGUAUAUGGUUAUUUUUUUUCCUGCCAUUUCAAACUUUUUCACCCAAUGCCACAUGUAUGGGAAAAUAUUUAUGCCAAAAAUAUCAACUAUAUUUGCACAGACUUGCUUAUUGACAUUAUUUUUAUGUUCCUUGUAAGCUUGACAUUAACAUAGUUUUAACCACUAUAUGGAAGUAGCAGCUUCUUUAUUUAAUGUAUUUUUUUUAUAUUGGAUAUUUCCUACUAUUGUGAACAUAUUUUUCAUCACAGUGGUAAAAGUCCUUAUAUCAUAUAAAGGGAUUUUGGUUCAAUUAUGUGCAGUUUCUUGGUCAGGUUUAUUUUUCUCAUUCAGAGAAAUACAAAAAUAUAGUGAUUAAAUGCUCUUGUAUUUCUCUGAAUGAGAAAUCUUUGGAGUAGUAUGAAUGCAUGAGUACAUGAUGAGGGAUAUAUGCUUAUGACUUGAUUUAAUUUUAAGAAUUGUAGAAUUUUAAGAGCUUACUCUGGUUCAUAUAUAAAACUACUAUGCAUUUUUAAAUGUUCUUUUACACACUGGAAGAUGUGUCUUUACUCUAAAUAUUUUAUGUUCUUAUUGUUUGUCUAAAAGAUCUGGUUAGUACUACUUGUAUUAACAGCAACAUGCUGCAAACAGGACUCAAUGACAAUCUGUAAAAGAUUCUACAAAUGUGAUGUGUUCUAUUAAACUGUGAAUAUAUGGCAACUUUUAAAAAUGGAUUUGGGUAGGACUAGGGAGAGUUGUCAAUAAAAUGACUUCUAAUUUUGUGUCAAUUAUUUAUUCAUGCUGUUUUUGUAUUUAUUUCUGUUGAAGGCUCAAUUAAAUUUGUUAAUGUCUCAUC